GGAGGCCAGAAGAAGGUAUUAGAUCUCUGGGAACUAGAGUUAUGGAUGGUUGUGAGCCAUCAUUUCAGUACUGGGAGCCAAACCGCGAUCCUCUAUAACAACAAUAAAUGUCCUUAACCUUGAGCCAUCUCUCCAGCCCCUGGUAAAUAAUCCUUUAAAAGCAUAAUUAAUAUGUAAAAUGGCUAAAAUAUAAUGUAUUGAAUUUCCAGAAGGCUAUAUUUUGGGAGGGGGAAGAGUAGUAACUUCCUCUGUCUUACGCUGAUCUCUUGAGCGUAUGUUUUGAUAAAAUUAUCUUUAACAUCAUAAACCAUGUGUGACCCACAACCUUAGGUUUUAUUUCCAGAAACAUCCAUCCUUCCAGUCGUUUGUCCAUACAGCAGGUAUUUGUUGAGAGUUCAAAGGAAACGUAAAUGCUGGCAUUGGAGCCGAUGCAUGUGUGUUUAGAUACAAACACGUAUAGGUGCAGAGAUGUAAGGUUUGAAGAACAUGCUGACCUCCGGCUGGGUUCUUCGGUAAGGUUUAUGUGCUCAGGAAAGUGAGGACUUUAUUGCUGACUUGUGCAUUAGCUGAUCCGUACCCUGUAAAGAUGUGGACUCGUCCCAGGCUUGGGGAAAUUCACAGAGGCCGAAUUGAUUUCACAGCAUUGCUUUCUGGUGGGUGCUCCUACUUUUUGUUAUAUGCUGUGUAGAGGGAAAGUUCGCGGUAGGAUAUUCUUGUAAACUUUACCGUAAGCUAAACCAUGUUGAGGUCAGGUCAAAGCUCAGUGGAUUACCUGUUCCCCUCACACGCCUUUAUGCUGAGACUAGGAGUCCAUUGUGUGUGCGUGAACCUAAGAUUGACACAUGCUUGAGAUUGUUUUCAGUUAGAAAGAACCUUCUACUGUUUUGCUGUUUGUUUGUUUUUUUAGAGAAGGUCUUGGUAGGUAGUCCGGGCUAGCCUUGAACUUGCAGCCUUCCCGACUCAACCUCCCAAAUUCUGGGCUCCUACACAUGAACCAUGAUUCCCAGCUGGCUUGGCUUGCUCUGAAACCGUUAGAAAAGAAUGAUGGCAGUGAGAUUAAUAGAUCUUCGUUACCCAGUUUUCAUUAUGGGCCUGGGAAUGUUGCACAGAUUUCUAGUUUAUGGAGCAGGAUUCGAUAAGCAUUUUUUUCCUAACAUGGUCUUUGAAUUGUGUUAUAUUUCAUAGAUGCUCAGCUGACAGAUUUACAUUUUGUGCCUCAGAUUUGCUUUUCCUCAUAGUUUUUAGCUGCCUGUUAUGCUUUAAAAUGUGUUAAUAUUCUCUUAUAUGGGGUGCCUCCAUCCUUAUUGUGACCUAUGAAGUCUGAGGGGAAGAUAAAUUUGAAUGUGGAGAUCAGUGUUAAUUUAUGUGCAUCCAGAUAAUUUUGUUUGGUUGAUAUUUCAUUUGGUUAUUUUUUUUUCCCCAGAACUCAUUUAAACUUAGAUUUUCAAGGUCUGCUGUUAGACAAAUGCCAUAAACAUAAUUUGUGUACUCCAGGAAAGGCAAAUGGAACAUCAAAUGGAGAUCAAUAAAAAUGACAUUUCAAAAUGCUAGCCUGCAAUUUGUGAAUCAUGCUGAGCCACGAGGCAGAAUGAGAUUUCCUCCCCCCCCACCCCCACCCCCCCAGGGCACGUGCAGUAACCAGGAGGCAGGAGCUGGGGAAUCUGAGCCCUUCCGGCUCCUGUGCCUCCUUCCCUCAAACUGCAAAAGCCUGACUGCAGACUAAAUUUAAAGCAGCAUAGGUGAUGAUGUUGUGCUCAUGCGAUAUGGGAUGAGUGUAACAUCUUGGUUUAUCUUCCAUCAAGAAAAGCUUAAUGCGCUGGAGCGGGGGCGGGGCCCUCUGCUGAGCAGUCUGCAUGGCCCUGAAGGAAGGAAGCCAUUAGGUCAGACAGUAGUGUUCUUUUCCCCUUUUCAUACUGGUCACUCUCAGGUGGAUAAGUUGUCCCGCCUGCCCACUAUUGCUUUCUGUAUUAGUUGCUUUUCUGUUGUUGGGAUAAAACACCACAACAAGUGGCAAGUUUAUAUAAGAAAGCCUUUAAUUGGGCUUAUGUUCCAGAGAGUUAGAGUCUAUGGUAGUGGACCCAAGAAAUGGUGGCAAGAAUAGCCAAGAGUUCAUGUCUUGAGCCACAACUGGAAAUAAAGGGUACUAACUGGCAUGAGUCUUUUGAAACCUCAAAACUGGCCCCCAGUAACAUACUUCUUCCAGCAAGGCCACACCUAGUCCUCCCCAAGCAGCUACCAACUGGGUACUAAGUAUCAGUUACCUGGGGCUUAUGGAGGACAUCCCACUUAAACCACCACACUUAAUCUCCCUACAGAUUUCAUGGUUUCUGCCUGCAGCUGGCUGUUGCUCUGUGUGAUAGGUCGUCCGAUUGGCCGUAUUGGGUAUCAGAAUUGAUGGAGCUUCAUGUACUUUAUCUGCAUGUGGGAUUGCUUUACUCUUCCUGUUGCCACGGUGAAAUAUCCUGACAAAAGCAUCCUACAGGAGAAAGGGCUUAUUUUGGCUUCCGGCAUGAGAGUGUGAUAUAUUUUGGCAAGAAUGUCCUGGUGGCAAGGGCUUGAGACAGCUGGUCACUUAAGUCUGUAGUCGGGAAGCAGUGCUCUGUUAGCCUCCUUUUUAUGCCAUGUAGGACACAAGCCCAGGGAAAGAAAGUGUUGCCCUUUAUCUGGGCAGCUUUUCCCAUCUCAGUUAACCAGAUCAAGGUAACCCUCUCAGCCCUAGGUGGAGGCUUCUUUGCAGAUUCUGUCAAGUUAGAUUGCUGCUAACCUUGUUUCUUAGGUCUUAUAAAGCCUAUGUUUGUUGUGGCUGGCAAAUGUGUCCAUCUCCAGCACCAAAUGUGCCCAUUGGCUGUGUGGUAGUAUGCCUCUAUCCCGAACCGUGGCUUCAUGGCGGACAACUCUUCACAGGGAUCAGCAAUGUGCAGAACUGACUUAAAUACAUGAUGGCAUUAGGAAGUGGACCACGCUUUCCUAUGAGCAUACAGUUGAGCUGGACCUCUGCUGACAAGCAGUUAUCCACCCAACCUCAGUAGCAUAGAUGCUAAGAUAAAGUGUGAAAAUACGUGCUUCUUGGAAGGGAUGACAUAACCGGUCUGGAUUUUGCUUUGAUCCAGAAAAGAUGCAAACCCUACGAUAAUGAGGUUGAGAUACUCCCAAGUAGUGAAGGCGGGCACUCCCUGCAGUUCCUUCCUCCAGAACCCAUUCCAGCCCAAACAAACUCACACACUCACACAGCUGAUGUUCAGAUUCCAGCUCGGCACAAACUGGUGGUUUCUGUAAUCAUGGUGCAGAUUCUCUGCCCUGUCUCUUGCUAGUGUGGAGUACUUGGGAAGGCACAAUCUUCAUGAUCGGCUGGUGUGCCCCUGCCCCAAAUUCCCAUCCCCUUGCAGCUCAAGACUCACUCUCCAUUCUGAUGCAUGGUCUCAGCCAGGAAGUAGACUGUAACUAUAUACUCUAAGAGGCACUAUAGGUUUGUAGGUAAGUGGGUGUCACCUGCUAGGGAAGACCCCAGGGCCCACUGCCUCCUGCUAUCUGUGGUCUGGUAAAUAGACGUCUAAGCACCUCUGGCAUUGGGAAUAAGUCGCCUGUAUUUUAUUCUCACAGCAAAGCCCCUGGUUUUGUUCUGUCGUAACAGCUCUGCUUGCCCUGGGUUUGGUGUCCGCCUACUUUUGCUUCUCGUUUGUUCUCUUUAUAUAUAGUUUACAUUUUCUCCUGUUGGGAGGUGCUGGUGUUUCUUUUCUAUUUUUCUGUCGCCUUUGAAACGUUCUUACACGUAUGAUAUGUGCACGUAAGUGCAGGUGCGUGUGGCCGCAGCCAGGCAUAGAGGUUGAGGAUGAUCCUCCCUGUCACUGUGGUUUUGUGAGUCCUGGGCAUCGAACUCAAACCUCAAGGCUUUCUCGGCAGUGCUUUGCCUGUUCAGUCUUUGCCUGUUCAGUCAUCUUGCUAGUCCUCCUUUGUAACUUACGUCAUGUAUAACCCUCACUCUGACCUUCAUCCAUGUAAAACAAGAAGUGACUGUCCGUUCCUUCUAAUGUUUUCUCACUUUCAUUGUAGUUGAAGUUUUGUUCUUUAGAUUGAUUAUCUUUGAUGCUUUUGACUAUGUCUUAGAGGUCUUUUACUUGACUUCCUUAGUUUGGGGUUAUAUGUGGGCCUGCAUGCUAUCCCAGUGCAAAACCUCCCCUCUCCCGCUGGCUCCCACUUUCUCUCCCCUUCUGUCCCUUCUUGCAUUGUGCUGUAGUCCCUCUUUGUCUGAUUCUGUGGUGAAGUUCAGUCCAUAAUAGCCCACUGGCAGGACUUUCUGUAUGCAUCUUUUUGGCCGAGAGUCAAAGCACUUUCUAUUUUGAAGCAAAUGUCUUUUAUUUAAAAGUUUCACAUAAGAGCCUGCAUGUGGCUACUCUUACUCCAUUUAUCUUACAUCUCUGAAGUAGGCAGAUUGCUGGAGACCAGAGGUAGAUUAGUGGUGGCUGAGGCUGGGCUGGGGAAAUGAGGAGCACCUGCCAGUGGCACAAGCUUUUUGUGGUGAUAAAAAAUGAUCUGGAAUUAGGCUGUGGCAACAUAGCACAACCUUGUGAAUGUCCUACCCACCAGUAACGUGCACACAGCAACCAGUGAACAUUACACCAUGAAAAUUACAUUUCCAUUUAAAAGAUGUGUCUGAGGCAGUAGAAGUAGAUAGUCCUGAGUAGCCCCUCCAGAAGUACUUACAGUCGACUCUUUUGGAUGGUUUCUUUCCGAUUUAAAGGUUUAUUUAUGUAUUUUAUGUAUAUGGGUACUUUGUCGGCAUGAAUAUCUGCACACCAGAAGACAACAUCUGACAGUUGUGAGCUGCCAUGUGGGUGCUGGCAAUUGAGUCAGAAGCUUCGGAAGGGCAGUGAGUGCGUUUAACCACUGAGCCAUCUCUCUCCAGCCCUUCUUCUGAUGUUCCCUUCCUCCUUCUUUUCAUGUACCGUAAGGCAGAUACCGGUUACUUAUUCCCUUUUUAUGGUGUUAAGAUUGAUAUUAGUUAGCCUGUGUAAUCUCCUACCAGCCUUUCAUCUGGUGAUUUUUAGCAAUAGUGAAAACCGUUGCCUCGUGGUUAGGAAGGAUGGCAGAAUCUGAUCGUUGCUCAAUUCAUGUGUGAGUUGUAGUUCUGUAAAGAACGCUGUGGAGCAGUCCACUGUGGGCUGUCUCAUUGCAUCGCGUGUGGGAAAAAGUUUAGAUAUGUGUUUAAUUCUUUUGGUUUUGUUUGUUUGUUUGUUUGUUUGGCUGGCUGCCCUGGAGACCGACCUCACAGCCUUGUUUUGCAGCCCUGCUGAGCUUGCUUGCUCCUUUAGCGGCCUUUCUGAAGAUUUUCUUAGGACCUUAUAUGUAUGACUGUGUUGACCGUGAAUAAAUAACUUUAAUGUCCCCUGGCCCAUCUUGCCCUGGGUUUUGUCUGACUAGGUCGGGAGGCAUCAGGUGCUGAGGAGCAAGGGGAGAGUAGCUUGCUUCGAGCGAGAGCGAGAGCACUGAGUCUUUGUUCAGUACAAUGUCAGCCUUGAGUUGAGGUUCCUUAGCUAAGCUUUAUAGAUAAGGCUGUGUACGUUUACUCCUGUUUGGUUUGUAAGGGGUCUGCCUGCCCUCAGCCCGCAGCCAGCCCUCACUGCUAGAGUUGAGAGCAUGUGCAGCUCUGUUCAGCUUUUCCAUGAGUGCUGGGGACUUGAACCGGGUCCUCAUGCUGGCAGAGUGUGCUCUUGCCCACUGAGCCUCUCUCCAGCUCUUGGGGCCGUUUUCCCGUACUCCUGAGUCAGGUCCUUUCAGCGUGCUGACCCCAGGAUUUGUAUACAUGAGGGUUCCCUGCUCUGGUUUUGGUACACAUCUCUCCUGGGGUCACGUGGAUUCUUGAGUCAUGAUCCAUGUCCUCUUUCUAGGCGAUGCUCGGCCAGCUGCCCAGUCCCUCUGCUCCCUCCGCUCAUGGGAGUGAUCCACACAUAACACUCAGUGGGGAGAGCCAGCCGUGGUCUGGCAUCAGUGCUGCUGGUCCUCCCGCUGUGGCUUGGGGCCUUCCUGGCUGCCCUUACUGUGUGUCACUGUGAAGUUUCCUCAUCUCUCUCUAUGUAGUCAUGAAUAAAGCAGUCAGAGGAGCACUCAUCGUGGGGCUCGUGAUGUUUCAGUUGCAGACAGGCAGCUGAUUUCUUGCUCUAAGAGUCUAGGAUAUUUGUCACUGCCUUGGGGCCUUUGAAGGGAAACUACUUAGAAGUUCCAAUGCUCUCUGGGUUCCUCUUUACAGCUUCUACCAUACAGCUCCUAACAUUAGCUGGGCUCAACCUGUUGACUUGCCAGACUACAGCAAUCCUUAGCACAGUGCCAUGUGUCAUGCGGACAUCCACACACCUCUGGCUGUCCUCAGUGGGCUCAUUUUUUUCCUUUUGUGCUCUCUCUGAUUUUGUAACUGGUGUCUCAUAUGUAAAAGUUACCAGUUUAAGGCAGUGGUUCUUGACCUUCCAAAUUUUGUGGCCCUUAUACAGCUCCUCGUGUUGUGGUAACCCCAACCACAAAAUUAUUUUCAAUGCUAUUUCAUAAUUGUAGUUUUGCUUGUUAUGAAUUAUAAUGUAUCUGACAUGCAGAUGGUCUUAGGUGACCCCUGUGAAAAAAAUCAUUUGACCCCCAAAGGGGUUGCGACCCACAGGUUUAAAAUCACUGCUUUAAGACCUAAUAACUGUAUUUUCUUUAUUCAAUAAUCCUUAGUAAAGUGCAAAAAUUAAAACUGAGCUGUAGUGACGCUGAAAUCAGAUUUGAAAUCAAACAAAUGAGGUAUCCAAUAUCAUCCCUGUUUCUGCUGUUAAGACUGGUUCACUCUGUAGCCCAGGCUGGCCUAGACCUCAUCCUCCUGUUCCAAUAUCAUCCCUGUUUCUGCUGUUAAGACUGGUUCACUCUGUAGCCCAGGCUGGCCUAGACCUCAUCCUCCUGUUCCAAUAUCACCCCUGUUUCUGCUGUUAAGACUGGUUCACUCUGUAGCCCAGGCUGGCCUAGACCUCAUCCUCCUGUUCCAGUUUAUGGGUGCGGGGUUGCAGACAUGUGCUGUCUGCCGCACCUAGCUUGAGAGGCUUUUCAAAGGCUUUUGGUACUGGCCCGCUGGCUAGGGGAGAGGAGCUGCCAGCCGCUGUCAGUACUGCUAAGAACAGAGAACGCUGGAGGAACAUCUUUCCUUUUAAGAGGUACCUGAGUUUCAUUCAGUUGCCCUUGGCUCAAAGAAAGUUCUGUCAAAGUUGCCAGCAGUUGCUGUUACCUGCAGACUGGAGGGAGCACGGCACGCAUCAGCUGUCAGCUGACAUUUCUGUCGCCCAGCUUGGAAGGCCCAGUCAGCUGCUCUACCCACUGGAGAACAAGAAGACGCACGCCCAGUACCUGUUUGCUGACAGGAGCUGCCAGUUUCUGGCAGGCCUCCUUGCUACCCUCGGAUUCAGCAGAGUGUUGUGUGUUGGAGCACCAAGGCUCCACGAGCAGAUCAGGCUAACAGCAUCAGGUGAGAGGUCCGGCAUGAGGAGCCUUUUAUUGGACAUUGACUUUCGAUCUUUCCAAUAGGAUGGCAUGGUCCAUAUGUGAAUUAUUUAUAAUAAGUCAGACAAAGUUCCAGACUUUCUGUGUGAAAACCUCAGGAAACACAGCAAUGAAGGCAGCAAGGCACAGGUACACAGAUGCGGAGACAGACAGCUCAUCUGGGAAAUGGAGGAUUCAGUCUUCUGCAUCGUCAAAUAUUCACAGUUUUACCUGGAAGGAAGCUUUUGCCGCUAUAACAUGUUCAACCAUCAUUUCUUUGAUGGAAAGGCUGCCCUUGAAGUGUGCAAGGAAUUCUUACAGGAAGAGGAAGGCAAGGGGGUGAUUAUGGUGACAGACCCUCCCUUUGGCGGCUUGGUGGAACCUCUGGCUAUUACAUUCAAGAAGUUAAUUGCUAUGUGGAAAGAAGGUCAAAGCCAAGAUGACAGCCACAAAGAACUGCCCAUUUUCUGGAUUUUCCCCUAUUUUUUUGAAUCACGGAUUUGUCAGUUUUUCCCGAGCUUCUGCAUGCUGGAUUACCAGGUGGAUUAUGAUAAUCAUGCGCUUUACAAACAUGGAAAGACAGGUCGAAAACAGUCUCCUGUCCGAAUUUUCACCAACGUUCCACCCAACAAAAUAAUCCUUCCAUCAGAGGAAGGAUACAGAUUUUGCUCCCUCUGUCAGAGAUAUGUCUCUCGUGAGAACCAGCACUGUGUGCAUUGUAAUUCUUGCACAUCCAAGGACGGCAGGAAAUGGAGCCAUUGCUUUCUCUGCAAAAAGUGUGUGAAGCCUUCCUGGAUCCAUUGUAACACCUGCAAUCGCUGUGCACUCCCAGACCAUUCCUGUUUGGGGCCUAAAGAUGGCUGCUUUAUUUGUGGUGCGCUGGAUCACAAACGCAGCAAUUGUCCCAACAUCGGCACCUCUUGGAGAGCUAACAAAGCUGUCAGAAAGCAGAAGCAAAGAAAACGUAAUAAGAUAAGAAGGGAGGCACUAAAGGACAAUCCAUGAAUCACACAUCUGCUCCAAGAAGAAGGAAGAGGAGGGAAGGGGCCAUCAAUAUCCUCACUCCUAAAUGUCCAGUGACUUGAGAAUAAGCAAGAUUUAUAGUCCAACCUUUGAUGCCAUUUUCUCCGCGUGCCACAUGGACUUAAAUCCAGCUGCUUUCAAAGGUGUGCCCCUUCCUAAGCCUGGUAAUGGGCAGGUGGCAUUUGCUGGCUAUGUCCCUUCAGCUGCCUCUGCAGACCGGGGAGCCUUCUGUAGGCAGCAGGUUGCCUGGCUCUCUCUCCACGCUUUUCCACCCUUUAACGCCUCACCAGUGUUUAUUUUGGCCUCUUUUGACUGAGAAACUGACGGAUGUUCAGUACCUGUUUACUUCGAUACCGGAUAGAAAUGCAAAUGAAAGUCUACCGCUUACCUGCUUACCUCGUGUGCGUUGAGCUUUUGUUUCACUUUAGGUAUGAAACUCUUGUUAAAUGACCAAGUCAUACAUUAAAGCACAUCUGGUCCAUAGCCCAUCGGCCACAUGUGCCCCAGGAUAGCUAUGAAUGUGGCCAAUCAUAAGCACACUUAAUACAUUGUGAGGCUUUUUGUGAGAUUUUGGUCAUGACUUGUUCUCACAGACCUUGAGUAGGAACAUUGUAGAUGAUGUCGUGUUGCAGUGUCAAAAGUUGGGCACAGCCGGCCAGUGGUGGCGCACGCCUUUAAUCCCAGCACUUGGGUGGAAGAGGCAGGUCGAUUUCUGAGUUUGAGGUCAGCCUGGUCUACAGAGUGAGUUCCAGGACAGCCAGGACUACACAGAGAAACCCUGUCUCGUAAAAACAAAAACAAAACAAAAAAAAGUUGGACGCACUAAGACUCUUUUAACAAAAAGUAUCAUACAUAAUAUUUAUGGAUUGGAUCUAGAGAUGGUGGGGGAAAUUGUUAUUGAAACGCUGUAAAGAUAAAAGGAUUGUAAUUGUUUUAUUAUUAAAUCUUUAUUUUUCAGUAC